AGGAGUCUGGGCCGUCUCGAGAGGAGAGGGUGGAGGCCGCGGCCAGCUGGAGGCGCAGUCAUGCCCCGGUAUUACGAGGACAAGCCUGAGGGCGGCGCGUGCGCGGGCGUGAAGGAGGAUCUGGGCUUGUGUCUGCUGCAGUCUGACUGCGUGCUCAAGGAAGGAAAAUCCCCUCGGCAGUGUCUGAAGGAAGGAAACUGCAAAGCUUUGAAGUACUCAUUUUUUGAGUGUAAAAGAUCAAUGUUGGAUGCCAGAUCAAGAUUCAGGGGAAGAAAAGGAUAUUGAUACUACUAUGUUGAAACCAAGAUGAAAACAACAAAGGACUCUGGUCAUUAAUCCAGAGAAGCCAAAAUAAGAAACAUACUUUUUGUUACAUCUGUUCAGGUGGACCAGUUUUUUCCUCCAUGAAACAAGAAAAUGGAUGAGUUCUGGUUUUCAGUAGGUAUAAAUGAUUCUCUUGCUCUAAGUUAUUCUUAGAAUAAAAAUUUAAUUGAAUAGUUGUGAGCUGAGAACAUAAUAGAUGUGUGUUUUAAGAAUUUUUCUGAAGCACAGGGAAUGGAAAGAUUGUUAGUUUCUAGCUUGACUUCUCUACUAGAUGACACAGAUUUGUGCAUCCUUUGUCAAUACUGUGGAGGCCAGGGAUGGGGCUGUGAAGAUGAACAUGCAGCCUGAUGGAAAAUAUCCAUCUGGAAAGUUUAGGGUGAAACUUUCUUUCAUUCAGAUUGUACUCUUCAGCUCUAAAAUAAAUUGUGUUUGACUGUGUGGUGAA